UACAAAACGAAUCCAACAAAACAGCACUUUUAUAAGCGGCCUUAACAUGUUGAUGUUUAUUGCAGUCGCUUGCACGUCACAAGUUACCUUGCAGAAAUGUAUAUCCUGUUUUGAUUUUCACUAGCCUAACUUUCAUUUUUAUUGGGCUGAAAGAACAGUCAGUGGGUACAGGUUGCGUCGUCGUAGGCUAUUCACGUUCAAGCGCAAAGUUGCUUACGAUUCUUGCUGAGAUCUUUGUGUUCGCCUCCGCGUCUUGCAGAAGGCUAAUCUCUCCAUCUGCAGUCCGUGGAUGGAUAAACCUGACGGUCUAUAUGGGAUAAACCUGUAACCUCCACCGGGAUUAAUGUAGGAAUAAGGAGGGAUACGUCGAGACUGGGGAGAACGGCUGCGGUCGGGAAAAGGGAAUGAAGACGCUCUCAGCAGGUGGAGGAGCGUCACUCUGCUGUCUGCUGCUCCUGUGGGUCAUCUACUCCCAUCGCCUGAGAGAGGGCCAGUUGGCUGUGGGCACCUGUGAGAUUGUGAUGCUCAACAGAGACAGCAGCGUGCCCAGAUGCACCAUCGCCCAUCAGACUGCCCGCUGUGCCUGCAGGAGAGGCCAGAUCGCUGGCACCACGAAGGCCAGGCCUGCCUGCGUCGAUGUGCGUAUUGUGAGGAGCAGACAGUGGUGUGAGAUGGCGCCUUGCUUGGAGGGAGAGGUGUGUGGCCUCCUCUUCAACCGCUCUGGCUGGACCUGUACCAAAGGCAGUGGCCACAUCAAGACAGUCACGCCUUUGCCUAAGGAGCCAUCGUAAGGAGUUUAGAACACAGUGGGUAGGUUUUUUAUUGCCAAUCAUGGCAGAAGGGGAACCGAGGCCAAUCACCAGGCAAACACAUUUUGUGUCCAUUCGCCAAUUUUUUGCUCAAACCACUACACACCCCCACUCCACAAAUCAGAGGAGCCCUACUAUGUGACAGUGCACAGAGGUCUGGACCAGCCAAUGAAAGCAACACACCACAGCAUCGUCAUUGGGACCCACAUGCCACGUCACAAACUGAAAUACAAAAACUACUGUAUAUAACCUGGGUUGUUUCAGCACGGCAAGCAGGAUAUCAUUGGGAGUCUAUGCAUGUGUAAGGAAACAACCAUUUCGCCACCUAUCCCUAUGGAAACAAAUCUGAAGGCAUUUUUUGUGUG